AUGACUCGCCCUUCACUCAAUCCCGAGUUACCAUUUACUGUGGGUGGUAUUGGUGAUAAGAGUAAGGCGCUCUCAUGGCUAUCUAACUCGGGCAUCGUAAAGUUGAACUUCAUGCUUGUCAUUUUCCAAAUCUCGAGCUAUGCGACAGGAUAUGAUGGCUCUAUGAUGAAUGGGCUUCAAUCCUUGACCACCUGGAAGAAUUCAUUCAAUAACCCUGGGGCAUCUGAGCUAGGCCUGUUGAAUGCUAUUCAAAAUGUCGGCCAACUUGUCACAAUGCCAGUCUGCGCGAUUAGCUGUGAUAAGUUUGGCCGUCGUCCAGUUCUUUUCGUCGGUGCUUUUAUCCUUUUGAUUGGUGUUGUGCUCCAAGCAGCGGCACAAAACGUCGGCAUGUUCAUUGCUGCUAGAGGGAUCAUUGGAAUGGGAUUGGUCCUCAAUAUCACCGCAGCACCACUUCUACUUCUAGAGCUUGCUUUUCCUAAACAGCAGGGACCGCAGGUGGCCAUAUACAACAGUCUUUGGAACUUGGGAGCGUUAGUCGCAGCAUGGAUAACCUAUGGCACUUUUCGCGUUCAUAAUACCUGGGCAUGGCGCAUACCAUCACUUCUCCAAGGCCUAUCUAGUUUAAUACAGCUCGGACUCUGCUUCCUCGUCGAGGAAUCACCACGAUGGCUUAUCAGUCAAGACAGAGACGACGAAGCGCGGAAGCUGAUUUGCAAAUAUCAUGCCAAUGGCAAUGAUUCCGAUCCCCUUGUUACCCUGGAAAUGGAAGAGAUUCGCACCGCCCUCCGGCUUGAGACCGAAGCCAGAGAAAAUACGUCAUAUUUGACUUUCUUUCACGGAAGGGCCAACUUGAGGCGCUUUUUCAUUAUUCUCUGCAUUGGGUUUUUCUCACAAUGGAGUGGUAAUGGUCUUAUUUCAUACUAUCUCACUCUGAUUCUCAACUCAAUUGGCUACACGGCAGAAAGUACACAAACCCUCAUCAAUGCUCUUCUCACGCUGUGGGGAAUGAUCUGGAGCCUUGUCUUUGCUUCUGUGAUGAAUCGAUUCGGUCGCCGCACUCUUUUCCUUAUCUCUACUGGAGGGAUUCUGGCCGUCUACAUCGUUUGGACUGCGCUCGAGGCCACUUACGAAAAGACGACAGCACUGGAUGGAACUGGAGGUGACAGCUAUGCGAAGGCUAUUCUUCCCUUUGACUUGCGUGCUCGUGGCCUUGUGCUAUAUAACCUCUUUGUUGCCCUUGCCAGUAUUUUCAACCAGUAUGUCAACCCGAUAGGCGUCACAAACAGCGGAUGGAAAUAUUACAUUACUUACGAUGUAUGGUUGGCGUUUGAACUUGUCGUGGUCUACUUUCUUUUUGUGGAGACUGGCUGUCUCAGUCUCGAGGAAACUGCUGUAAUUCUCGAUGGAGAUGAGGUUGAAACUAAAUUGAUUGACGAAACAGCAUCCAUGACUGAGAAGAAGCUUGGUGAGCACACAAAGCCUCUUUCAACGGCGAAGAAUUUGGUGACAGAAAACGAAUCAUUGCCAUAA